AUGGCCGGCAAAGAGAACCUGAUGCUACAUGACAUCCGCCAAGAUGAAGACGAUCCGCCGCCCGCAUACUCGCCUGUGCGGAGUUCAGUCAAUUCUUCUGAAGUAUCGCUUUGGACGGCUAUCGAGCCGGAUUCUCCCCCCGAGUUCUACAACGAUUUUAGGGGGGUAGAGGACUAUCAUGUACCGGAAGAAGACGGCAAGCUCGUCAUUGACAGGAGCAUAGCAUCUCGCACUUCUGCAUUCGUCGAGGCGUUCAUGCGGCCAAGAGCGGCACCGCGAUUAAUAAAUGUGGACUAUGGCAAUGCUGUUGAAGGGAAAGGAGGGAGCAAAAAUGCUGAAGGAAGCGCAGAGAGAUUCAAGCCACCGCCGCUGGAUAUUUUAGUGAUGAUUGUUGAUGAGGAUGUCGAACCAUUCAUUUACAUCGCAAAGCGCCUCCUCCAAGAUUCCCACCGAGUGCGUAUCGCUGCUGAUACAGCAUGCGAGCCUCUAGUCCGAAGUCACAGUCUUGACUUCUUCACCAUAGGCACUGAACCUAACCAUGCAAACAACGGCGGAGAGAUAUCCACGAGCGUAAGAAACAGGAACCACAACCGUCACCACAAAGCCUCGUUAUUCGAAACAUACAGCCAUUGUUGGAGAGCCUGCAUUGCCCCUUACACCAACGACCCCCGUCCAUUCUUAGCAGAUGUGAUCAUUGCAACCCCCACAGCGAGCGCGCACAUCCAUUGCGCCGAGCGCCUCUCCAUCCCCCUGCACAUUAUGUCGGCCACGCCCCAAACGCCCACAAAGGCAUUCCCGCAUCCGCGCGCCCGUUUCAACUCAAGCGAGGGAAUCGAUACAACAACCGCGAACAUAUUGUCUUAUGCGCUGGUACAGGAGCGCACAUGGUAUACGUCAAUAGAGCCCAUCAACCGCUUUCGACAACGCAUCCUGGGCUUGAUGCCGAUAUCUUCGAGUACGGCUGCAACACUUGUGAGGGAUCACAGUAUCCCGCAUACUUAUUUCUGCUCUAAGUUGCUCGUCCCUAAACCAGUUGACUGGCCCGAGAACCAAGAUAUUUCUGGGUACAUUUUCCGGGAACAAGAAGCAUUAUAUCGGCCUCCACCGGAUCUUGAGUCCUUCCUCUUGGCAGGAAGAGCAACUAUCUACUUCAUGAUGCACGAGUCCACCAGUCAAGAUCCACGUUUGCUGGCAAGCAUCAUCCAGAAAACCGUGCUAGGACGCGGAUUCCGCGCCCUCUUCUCCAGGAAAUGGCAGCACAUUGCCGCGAGCUUGGAUAGUCCGGAUGUAUUUGUCGUGGACUCCACGUCUAACGAAUGGGUACUUCCCAAAGUGUCGCUCGUCGUGCAUAACGGGGACGCACAGAGUGUGAAAUUGGCACUCCAACACGGUAAACCAAGCAUAACGCUCGCAAAAACAGAAGACCAACAUAACCUAGGCGUGGCCCUCGCCAAACUCGCCGCAGGCGCCUCACCACUAUCCCUGCAAACCCUCACGCCCGACACCCUCGCGCAGGGGAUAGAAUACUGCCUCCGCCCCGACAUCCAGCAAGCCGCCCGCACCAUUCAAAGCCAGCUUAUCGAUGAGGGCGGAGCGCAAAGUGCCGUCCAGUCAUUCUAUCGCUGGCUACCGCCGGCCCAGAAGCGAGUUUGUACGAUCACGCAGCGGGAGCUCGCUGUAUUCCGCGUCUGGAAUAAACCGUCGCUGGUGAUAUGCGCGGAAGCUGCGGCUGUGUUGCUGAGCAAGAAGAGGAUCGGUCUUAGUGAUUUAGUUCUGACGGACCGUUGUAUAUAUCGCACGCAACCCGAAGACAUUGCCUCUACGGGAAGCACUACCAAGGAGUACUGGACUGGCUUGAACACCGCGGUAAAGGAUAUCGUUCGCGCCUCAGAUCUUGUGGGGAAAUUGUCCGGGUCGCACGGGCGGAAAAGGCUGGAUGAGAAUGGCGCAUACAGUGACAGAGACAAGUCAAACCCAGCCCGGGACGUCGGGGUCGGAACCGCAAAGUUCUUCGGACACGUUGCGUUGCUUCCGUUUACAAGUACGGCAUUGGUUGUCAACAGCGCUAUAUACGCCGUCAAGAGCGUCCAGGCACAUAUAGGCGCGUCGCACGAUGACAAGAAGGAGGAAUUUGCGACAGAGGCAUCAUAUGAUUUUCGCAAAAAUGGCGGUGUUUGUCCUAAGCACGAGCCCUCCAUCUCUUCGCACGGGCAGUCGAUACGAGGUUCCGUCAUAGUGGACUCAAAUACCAGCGCGGAGCAAAGUCUCCAUAGAACACUUAACAUAACCAAUGCGCCUUCCGGGCAGCGCGCUCCGGGUAAUCGACCUGGUGAAUCCACGUCCACGGCGAUAGACCAGAUCCAGAUGCGGAACGACGAGCAUGUUUUGGCUAUUUUCCGGCGAUAUCUUGAUCGUGGAAUUCGGAGCGAGAGGGUUCAUGAUGAGAAAUUUAGGCAGGAGGUGCUUGAUGUUUUUGAGGUUUCUUGA